AGGGAUCGAGCUGUCAUAGAUAAAAGGGGGGCAGGCACUGCAAAUGAGCUGGCCAUGCGAUGUCAGACGGACAUAUUAUAGCACUUCGGACUCCUGCUGAUACUACCUGCAAGAUGCCGGCAUUUUAAGAACAUAGCCCUCCAAUUUAUCAAGCGUAACUGUAAUUAUUUCAAUUUAAUUUAAAGUGGUUACACUUUGGUUGUAACUGGAUACAAAUACUGAGCAGCAAGUGGAAUUUGGUGCGAGCGGCAGACGCUUUGGCCGAUCUGGUCUCAGGCAUGGAAGACCCGAAAGAGCCGAACGGACGAGAUGGGAGCGAAGGGGAAAGCGUCUCUCUUUCCCCGAAUCUCCCGUCUCCACCAGCCGUACCACACCAGGCGGCGCAGCAAAGUCACAGAACCACCAACUUUUUCAUCGAUAACAUUCUUCGGCCAGAUUUCGGUUGUAAAAAGGAGUUCGCGGGCAGGGAGAGAGCGCACACAUCGGACAGAGAAAACGUCAAUCCAUUGGUAAUCAGGCCAUCCCUCCCCGCCACUUUGUGCCAGGAUUCAAACUGCAGCAAUGACAGCACCUCGUCGUCUUCCUUGUCGUCUUUGCCGCCCUCCAAGCAGAACUCGUCAACACGAGGGGAAGGAAAUGGAUCUAAUUCUAUAAAAUGUGGCGAGAACACCGCGUCAAUAAUGGUUGUGAAUGCGGAUAAUGGAAGAACUGCCCCCGUUACAGACCCCCAGCCACUGCUAUGGCCUGCCUGGGUUUACUGCACGAGAUAUUCGGACAGACCGUCAUCUGUUUGUACUGUAGGCCCAAGGACGCGCAAGUUAAAAAAGAAGAAAAGCACCAAGGAAGACAAGCGACCCAGAACCGCGUUCACAGCGGAACAGCUGCAAAGACUUAAAGCCGAGUUUCAGGCCAAUCGCUACAUCACAGAGCAAAGGAGACAGUCACUGGCCCAGGAACUGAGCCUUAACGAGUCCCAAAUCAAAAUCUGGUUCCAGAAUAAGAGGGCAAAAAUUAAAAAAGCCAGCGGUUACAAGAACGGUCUAGCCCUGCAGUUGAUGGCGCAAGGCCUGUACAAUCAUUCCACCACCACCGUCCAGGAAGACAAGGAUGACAGCGAAUGAGCCUCUUCCCAGCGCCCCAUCGGUGUGCCAUAGACACUUAACGGGAGCAUUUUUUUUUUCCUUUUUUCCACUUUUGUGAAAAAAGAAGAUACGAAGGGAAAUGGACAGGUGCUAUUUAAAAUCUGAAAUUUCAGUCUGUCGUAUAGCAUAUGGACAAAACUAUAUAAAUUGCGAACAUUAAUAAAAAAUCUAUAUAUAGCCAGAAAUAUUUCGUUGUAUAUUUAAUUUCAGAAUUUCAGGUCCAGACGUUUGUGUCAGUAUCCACUUGCUGGGUAUUUUUUUAAGCAUUUAAUUUAGUUAUGUUAUCAACUACUGCCUAAUUCUAUUUUCUCCUCAUUCUUCUGUUAUUAUUAUUAUUAUUAUUAUUAUUAUUAUUAUUAUUAUUAUUAUUAUUAUCAACUUCUCAGCUAGAACUAAAGUCCAUAAUUCGAAACUCCGUUCCUGAGCCGCCGCUUCAAGCCAAAGGUUUUAAUAUUUUCGGAAGGUGUAGUCCGAAAUAAAAUUGUAGAAUGUACUGCAAUCGCUUCUCCUCUAUGUCUGCCGGGUCACUUCCGCGUUCAUUAACCUUAAGAUGAGAUCAGUCAUGCUGUUAGGAAUGUCGGGUUAUUGUCUGCGAUUUCGUUCGAGUUUAAAUCGAGUGACUGGAGAGCCAGGUCAUCAAAUGGCGUCCCUAAGAUAUUUUAAAAAGCAAAUGAAUCUCUUUAUAGUUUUCAGUUUUCUCUUUCUCCAGUACCUUCGAAGGAAUUCCAUGUUAUGUUUUGGUUCCUAAUGUGCUUUUGGAGAUCGCUUUGCAUCGACAAGUUCGUGUUUUUUUGUUUUGUUUUGUUUUUAUACUCCUUAAUAUGAAUUUUAUGAUAUUCAUUUAUUUAUUUAAUAAAAUACACGUGCAUUUACUUUCCAAGGGGAAAAUUUGUGGCAAGGAUGGGUAAAUUUGGCGUAGAAAUGUUGUCAUGCGUUCAUCACUCCGGCUCUCCCCUUCUGUGUUAUAGGCCAGACGAACAGUGUAAUUCAUCGCGUCCACAUCUGAAUAUGGCGAAAUGGAUUCACGGGCGUAUGACAGUAAGAUCACGCGCUAACCGCGAUCAAACUCGCUCAGACUAAUGGUAAUAAUGACAAUGAUCACGAUGUGUAUUAUCAAUACUGAAGACAUUUUAUUUUUUAAUGAGAUAUUACAAUUUACUGUUCUGUGGAGUAAAAUUACUUAAAGUAAAGCUAAGCUAUAGAUAAAUUCUAGAUGUAAAUGGAUAAAAAUGGGUAAAUUAUUUUACAUUAAAGAGUGUUUAAGUUUAUAUUGUUCGAGGAUUGCAUCACAUUCAGUAUUCGGAGCCGGCGUUUUUAAAUAAAAUAACUUGAGCCGAUUUGAACGUAAUAAUAAUAAUAAUAAUAAUAAUAAUAAUAAUGACACAUUGCGUAAUACAUAUAAAACAUGCAUUGUUUUACAAAGUAAAUCAUCUGUGAAGAUAUAUUACUUUAACUAUAUUUUAACAAGCCACAGAAAUCCCCAGAUCGUUUUUACGUGUUUUUUACGCCUAGGCUGAAACCUGUAUCCAGUGUACAAUUACUUAGCUGUACAUUGCUAUGUAUAGUGUGGAUAGCAAUCCAUACAUGGUUAUAUGGAAAACGUCAUUCAUACCAGGAAAUAAAUUAAUGAAUGGCAGGGCAACUGUAAAAUGUAAUUUCAUGUAAGGAUUUGUCCCAGUCGGUAAACAACUCUUGGCAAGUGCAAAAUAAUGUAUUACAAUAAGCUCUCUCAACACCCAAGUCUCACUAUCAACCUGCUUUUGACGGUUUAUUUACUUAUAACGUCGCCAUAGAGAAUCUAUUACACGUUUUUGCCCUCAAAACUUAACCCGUCGACCUAGUCUUGUCUUCCAGGCCUGACACGCAUUGGCCUUGUUGGUGUGAUCGUGCCGAAGAUCGCCCGUUAAACAACAUGGUCUUUUGUGUCACUGUCCCGAAAUCAAAGCAGACCUUUAAAGGGAUCUACAUUCUGGGUUAAAGGUUAAACGCAGUAGCCAAAGCCAAUUAUGUAUGCCUCCCUCCAAAAUUUGAUAUAAUUCGACAAGCCAAAGUAACUAAAAGACGGCGUUUAGCCUACACUUAUAUCUGCAACGAAAAUAUGUAAUUUUAUAGACUAAACUGUUCAAAAUUACAAAUACAAAUCAGAAUACAAUAUCUAUCAUUUUUAGUCUCAUUUUAUAAUGGAAUGUUUUCUGUAUCAAUCGCUUGUUCAUUGAUCGUUGCUUUCAAUUCUUGUUGUAAAUGACCAAAUAGAAAAUAAUAAAAAUAGACAUCUUCAAGAUAGAUGUGCAAAAUAUGUUCAGGGGUUUUGUACACCAUAGUAAAUAUACGGUAAACACAGUAAUUUGUACAAUGAAAAUAAAAUAAAAGCAUUUUUAAUAUACUGAGGUGGGUAUUAUACACAUAAUACUUUUGCAUUACUUUCGUUACCAUUUUCUUCCCAAUUGGAUAAGUGGGACUUACAGUCCACGCACCAGCCUACUUGCUUGAAAACUUUUAAUGAGAUUCGAACUUGCAACCUUUUGGUCACAGCUCAGUAUACUUAAAAUGUA